AUGGUUCAACCAGAAGAGAUUAAAAUAUUUUUAGAACCUCUGAAUAUUAGUACGAAGGAAUUUGUAUUUUUUGCAUUAAAUGAUAACAACUCGCCAGAUAUGGCCGGAGGUUCUCAUUGGAGCCUUCUUGUUUAUUCCAAGAUGGAAAGUUGUUUUUUCCACCUUGAUUCGUCUUCAGGAAGUAAUCAUAAUGUAGCAUGGGACUUUGCUAGUCAUUUGAUGUCUUAUUUGGGAAAACGGGGUACUAUUAGCUUCAGUGACAAGGAAUGCCACCAGCAAAGCAAUGGCUAUGAUUGUGGAAUACAUGUUAUUUGCAAUACUGAAGUGCUUGCUCAUUGUGCUUCCAAAACUUAA